AAAUAAAAAGAGACUAAAGCUUUUUAUUUUUUACUUUUUGGCGUGUCUUAUAAUGAUGGCUAGUUUUUCUCUAGUAUUAUUUUUUAUUGUUUUCAUGUUGAAAAAUGUAGAUGGGAAGUUGAUGAAUGAUGUGAACAAAUUGGGAAUGAAUGGUUGUGAUUUAUUUAAUGGAAAUUGGGUUUAUGAUGAUGAUUAUCCUCUUUAUGAUUCAUCUGUUUGUCCAUUUAUUGAAAAACAAUUUAAUUGUUUAAAUAAUGGAAGGCAAGAUAAAGAUUAUCUCAAAUAUAGAUGGCAACCCCAUGGGUGCAAUUUAGCUAGGUUUAAUGCUACACAAUUUCAGCUCAAAUUAAAGGGGAAGAGGGUGAUGUUUGUAGGAGAUUCACUAAGUGUGGAUCAAUGGCAAUCUCUCACUUGUAUGCUUUAUGCAGUUGAUCCACAAGCUAAAUAUAUCUCCAAGAGGAAUGGAUCCACUUCUUUCUUCACAUUUCCGAAAUACAACACGUCCUACCUGGUAUCUCGAAAUGUUUUUCUAGUAGACAUUGUCAAAAUGAAGAAUGGAACCCGAGUUUUAGAGCUCGAUUCUCUCAGUGCCGCGGCUCAAUGGGAAGAAAUGGAUGUCCUCGUCUUUGAUACUUGGCAUUGGUGGUUUCACACCGGUAGAAAACAACCUUGGGGUUUUGUUCAAGAUGGAAACUCUACAUACAAAGAUGCAAAUCGUGUAACUCUAUAUGAGAAAGCAUUGAAUACUUGGGCAAAAUGGGUGGACACUAAAGUAGACACCACAAAAACCAAAAUAUUUUUCCAAGGAGUUUCUCCUGACCAUGACAAUUGUACCGGAGCAACGCGACCGUCGGAGAGUACACAAGGACAACAUCCUGGAGAAAUAGUGUUGGAGAAAGUAUUGAGAGGGAUGAAUAAAUCAGUUCAUUUGUUGAAUGUAACAAAGUUGUCACAAUAUAGAGUAGAUGGUCAUCCAUCAGUUUAUGGAUUUGGUGGACACAGAUAUGUGGAUUGCACACAUUGGUGUAUUGCUGGUGUUGCUGAUACUUGGAAUGUACUAUUAAGUGCAAUUCUUGAUCAAAUAUAG